UCAAAUAUCGAUAUUUCGCAUUAUCGAUAAGUGUGUAACAUUGCAGUUGCCGUGCGUGGCCAGCUGUUGAAAUUAAAUUUUGGUUUAUUUGUUGUUAAAAACAAAAUGCGGUUCCAAAUAUCGAGGAAUUCAUGGCAUGUUUAUGGACAAUAUCUGCAGAGGAAUUUUUUCCAACUUAGCAAGCGAGAUAAGGGCAAAUGGGAAUUAAUAAGCGCCGCCGGCAAAGUUUCUAAUGAACGGAAAGUUCCCGAGCACAUACAGAAGCCGCCGUACUAUUAUAAAGAAAUGCCGGCAGGCAAUACAAUAGGAACUCCUGAAAUCAAAAAUGUGGAGCAGUUAAAUCAUAUGCGCUCCAGCGGAAAGCUGGCAGCACAGAUACUUCGGGAAUGCGGCAAAAUGGCAAAAAUUGGCAUAACUACGGAUGAGAUUGAUGACUUUGCGCACCAGCGUAUUAUUUCCGAAAACGCCUACCCAUCCCCACUUCGAUAUGUUGGAUUCCCCAAAUCAUUGUGCACGUCCAUUAACAAUGUUGCCUGCCAUGGUAUACCGGACGACCGACCCUUGGCCGACGGUGAUAUAAUAAACAUUGAUGUGACCGUCUACCAAAAUGGUUGUCAUGGGGAUUGUUCAGAGACUUUUCUUGUUGGUGACGUCGAUGAGCGUGGACGCUUUUUAGUGGAUUCAACACGCGAGUGCCUAAACAAGUGUAUAGCACUCUGUGGCCCGGGUGUGCCCUUUAGUGAAAUCGGUAAAUGCAUAGAGAGAUAUUGCCAAGAGCGUGACCUGGCAUCCGUGGCAGCAUUUAUUGGCCAUGGUAUUGGUAGCUACUUUCAUGGUCCACCCGAAAUUUAUCAUUACGCCAAUGAGGCCCCGGGCCGAAUGCAAGCGGGCAUGACUUUUACCAUUGAACCAAUUUUGUCUCUUGGUGGCGGCGCAAUUGGUCUCUUAGAGGACGGCUGGACGGCAAUUAGUUUAGACAAUUCGCGUAGCGCACAGUUUGAGCAUACGAUAUUGAUCACAGAGACUGGCGUUGAAGUGCUAACAAAUGCCGACAAUGGCCGGCUAAAGGAUCAACGUUUACAUAAAUAGUGAAUUUUUAUUGUAAAGUGUGUAGUAAGCGCAUUAUUGACAUAGAAUUCUUAAUAAACACGUAUGCCGGCAGCUUGCAUGAAAA